AUGAAUGAAAAUAAAAAAGAUAAUAAAGAUGAAGUGACAAGAAGCAAUAAAAUAUCAAGAGAAAGUUUAUUAGACGAUCAAUUUAGUGAAAGGAGUUCGAAUAAUUUACUUCUAUGUAAUGAAAAAAAUCAUGAUGAAACUAAAUUUUAUUCAAGAAAAAAAAUUAAUACCGAGAAGCCACAUAUUCACAGGAAUCUAAUAAAUAAUUUUUCCACAGAAAGAUACAAAAAAUUUUUAGUCAAAAUUGAAAAAUCCAACCAAGAUAUAAAUAGUAUGGAUGUAGAGAGUGUACAAAUUGACAAGGAUAUUCUUAAUCCUCCAGAUGAUAAUAAUAAGACUUGUGUUGUCAUGGAUGUAUCAAUGGGAAUAUUUGAUGUAUGCAAUGAAAAUUUAAGUGAUAGUAAACUUAAAGAUAUGAAUAUUAUAAUAUCUGAAGUUAUAGAUAAAGUAAAUAAAAUAAUAGCAUUUUGA